UCCCGGAAUCAAUGGCGUAAUGCGGCGCCGCAGUCGUCCCCAGCAUCCAGAGGUGUGUCGACAUCACAUCAUCUCCCGUUUAAAUACGACGUUAACCCCAGAACCGGAAAAACCGUGCCUAAAAUGUGACCACUUCGGGCUCCGGGUGUUGCAAAUCGCGAGAUUGGCACUCGUGGAAUUUCGUCUACAUGAAGAAACACAAAAGGUUCAAACGCUGAGAAAUGACGGCCUCCACCACCACCGUCGAGACCUCUUCGAACUUUUCGCGAAAAUUUCUAGAACCAACUCCGGCGCUUAAUCAAACACAAAAGUCAAUUAAAGAGCUGUUCUACAACGGGACGGGGUAUUACAUAGAGGAUGAAGUGGACACAGGUCUGAAUGAUCUCCAAACGUUGUUCCUAGCUUGUUUUGCCACAUUAAUUCCGUUAGUUAUUUCGUUGCUCACAGCAUUUGGAAUAAGGGUACUUUGGACCAAAUACAAAAGACAAAAGGAAAAUUCCAAGUAUGAUGGCAUGGCCAAAAGGGACGCCUCGGACGAUAACGCCAAGCCCUUGCACUCGCAUUUGCUGAACAGCGACAAGAAAUGCGAGACGCAUCUGGCGAUAACCACCGAGGAAGUCGAGGUGUGUGACGACACAGGUGUGAGCCAAAUAAGGAGCAACAACCACUCCAGCACCAAUGGCAGCAUCAUCACCAUGACCCUGAAGAACAACCACCUAAUCGUCGAAACGGAGGAGAGAAACGACAUCGAGGAAGACAGUCGUGAAACAACAAUGAAGUACUCUCCAGGGGCGCGGGAUGGGGUUUUUGUGGUGGAGGUGCAGCAGGGAGUGAGGAGGAGUCCCGGGUCGGGGCCGCAGUCGGGGGCUGAUCCCGAAUUGUCGGUUUCAGUGAGCGAUCAGUGCGCUCUGGUGCAUAAUCCUCCAGACAGGUACAGUGACGACGAAACGUUGGAGGAAUGCGACGACUACUACAUAGAAACAGCAUCUCCGGCACGUGCCACCCCCGACUCCCUGGUGGCGCAGAUCAGGACCGGCUUGGCCCAAUCGGACCCCACCCUGAACGAGGAGCACCCCAGCUACAGCUACAGCACCCAGCAGUGCUACGACAGCGGCUUCUACGGCUACCACAUCUACAACGGCUACAUCAACGACGAGCCCCUGCAGCGUCUCAAGGCCGCCAGCACCAAGCCCAAGAUCACGGCCGCCGUGUACAAGAACCGCGCUGAAGACGACGUCCACAUUUUCGCCAACGACAUAUCGUACACGACGGAACCGGAUGUCGGGUCUGGAGAGUACGAAAAUAAAGGCUUCGACUAAGAUUUUUGGGAGCGCGAUGACCCCAAGGUCUUUAAACCUUAUUUGAACAGGUUCUCGUCUUCCAACAAACCCUUAGAGUGCAUGGCGGGAAUUAUCUGCAUUUUUGCUGCGUUGAGACGACUGGAUGGAGGACCAAGUGUAGAUCACUUUUCUAGAUGUCUCUAAUGCUUUCGAUGUAUUAUACAAGUGCAAAACACAUAGAGUGAGAAUUUUAGAUUCGGUCGCUGAUGCGGCCAAUCAGCCUUUUAUGUUGUACUUGUGUAUAUAGUUUGUAGCGUUUUUUUCUAAUGCACCUCAGCUGGAAUUUGCACUCUUUAGACGAAUAGGAGUUUUGUUGGGUUGGGAUGGAAAGUGUUGUAUUUUUUUAUUACUGUAUACAUUGUACAUAGGUUAUGAUUACCGUCCGAUUUCUCUGAGGAUAACUCAUUGUAAAUAUGUUAUUGGCAUUUUUUUGCAUUACAAUCGGUUCGGUGGCAAGAGCAGGGCGAAUUUUACAGGGUUGAAGGACCAACUAGGUAAAGCACGACCAAAUUUACACAGAAACAAACUUAGAAAACUGAGAAAUUUAAAAAGGGAAAUUUUAACACCUAGAAAUAAUGAAAAAAUGUUAAAAAAAAUUCUGAAUAAAAACUAAAAACUUGUAAAAACUACUAAUAAAGUGACAAAAUGCAAAUAUAUUGACCACUUUUAAGAUAUAUUUACUUGUUCCGAAUUGUUGAAAUUAUUGUAAAAAGAUUUUAAGUUUUCUCAAAAUUUUAAUAAGUAUAGUUUUUUUCUUACAAAAAGUUAAGUUUCUUUAGACCAAAAAUAAAUAAUUUGUUAUUUAAAAAAAUAAAAAAUAAAUAGGUUGGCAACUCUGAAUAAGCAAUGACAGUGAAUUCGAGAUACUUAUCUAAAAAAAAACUUUCAAGAAAAGUACGAAUGACUUGAACUUAGAUGCCGCUAGGAAUGCUGUGUAUUUAUAAAAAUUUAUAUCAUUAUGGACUGCGAUUGUAGAAUUAAGUUUUUAUUUAAGAAAGACAAAAGAUAUAAAAUUCAUGUGUAAAUGCGAUAAAAAAAUUCUUGAUGUAUUUCUGUUACUAAAGUUACUAAAGACAUUUUUUUUGAAACAAAAAAUAAUAAAAAAGUAAUCAAAACUCAUCAAUCAAUUGGUCUCAUUUGUUCACAAAUGUUUAAAAAUUUGCUGUCUUAGCUUGUCAAAAAUUAAAUUACCAACAUAACAAAUACUAUUUUUAUUGUGAAAAAUUUUAAACGAUUAUAAACAGAAUAUAAAUAUAAUUCUGACAAUUUUUAGUGACUUAAACAGUUACGUUUUUUUUUUGAAUGGUAGUUGUAUAGAAAACUAGUUUUAAAGGCCAACCCAGAAUACAAUUUUUUUUGGAAAAUUCUUUUACAUAAAAUUAAAAUCGAACUCAUAUUUUAACUAAUUGUCUCAAACAUGUCUAUCAAUACUUAAAAAUUAAAUGUCAACUUUGUCGAAAAUCAGAAUUACCAAUUUCUCAAAAAAUACUUUUACUGUGACAUAUUGAAAACUUUUAGACAAGAUUCUAAAUAAAAUAAAAAUAAAACUCUUAAAAUUAUUAGUGACCUAAACAAUUACAAUUUGUUUUUCAAUAAAUGACAGUGUAUAAAAAAUUGGUGUUUUUAUGGCCAACCCAGAAUACAAAUUUUUUUGAGGAAAUUUUUUACACAAAAUUAAAAUUGAAACUAUUAUUUUAAUCAUAAAUAUAUCUGUAAAUACUUAAAAAUUAAAUCUCAAUUUUGACAAAAACCAGAGUUACCAAGUUCUCAAAAAAAAAAAAUGUUCUGUGACAAAUUGAAAAUUUUUAAACGAGAUUGUUCUAAAUAAAAUAAAAAUAAAAUUCUGACAAUUAUUAGUGUUCUAAACAACUACGACUUGUUUUUUCUUAUAAAUGACAGUAGUGUAAAAAAUUGGAGUUUUCGUGGCCAACUCAGAAUACAAUUUUUUUUGAAAAAUUUUUUAACACAAAAUUGAAACCGAAGCUAUUUUUUAAUCAAUUGUCGAAAAUAUGUAUACAAAUAAUUAAAAAUCAACCGUCAACACUCUAUCAAGAACCAAAAUUACCAACUUCAGAAAAAUAUUUUUACUGUGACACAAUAAAACAUUCUACACGAGAUUCUAAACAAAAUAAAAAUAAAAUUCUGACAAUUUUUAGUGACCCAGACAAUUACGAUUUGUUUUUUUAUAACUGAAAGUCGAAUAAAAAAUUGAGUUUUAAUGACCAACGCAGAAUACAAUUUUUUUUUUAAAUUUUACCAAAAAAUUAAAAUUGAAACGAUUGUUUGUCAAAGUAUGACUACAAAUACUUAAAAAUUAGCUGCAACUCUGUCAAAAGCUGGAAUUACAAACUUCACAAAAAUACUUUUGUUGUAGUAAAAGUCUUCGAAAUUAAUAAAAAACACAACUUUUAAUAACAGAAUAAUUACUGUUAGCUAUUUUAAGGGUGCCAAUUAAAAAGUAAUUAUUUAAAAAGAUUUUAGUAUCACCUUGUAUAAUAAAUAAAACUUUUCACGAAAUAAUGACAUUUUAAUAAAAAUACCACAGCAUUGCACUUAUAAUUAAAACUGAAUGAUAAUUUUUAAGAAUUUCAAAUUACUUUAUUAAAUAAUUAAAUUUAAGGUUUUGGUUCUUUAGAGGCUUGGGGACAAUAAUGUCAGUGUUUCGGUGGUUGAUGGGUAAUUACAAAUUCGUUGUAAUUAUCGUGUUAGAGCAGCGUCCUGUCGAACAACCCUAAUUACGAGUCGUUGGAGCGAAUUAAAAAUCAAAGUGCAAAGAAAUGCUUUAUUUGUUUACGUCUGCACCUCCACUUGCCACCGAAACGGAUUCGCAUCUAUUUAAAGUAAUGUUAGUAUGUUUUUGCCAAAAUCUAGUAAAUUUAGGGACGAGUUACCACCACAAGGGAACAAGCGCUCGGAUUUAUUUCGGGUGUUAGUUGGUUGCGAAAAAAUAAAACCGUGAGAGAAA